CUACCGCCGGUCUCAUGAGACAGUGGAAUGACUUCUACCUGGACUACGAUGUUCUCACACAUCUUCUAGGUGAUACCGUCUGCGUGGGACAUAUUUGUCUGCUGUCAGAACGCUUUUGGAUGUCGAAUUGAGUUGUGGCAGUGCCCAAACCCUUUCCCCACCUGUCUAGUGUUAGGUACAGCGAUGGCACCAAGUUUCAACCUAUCGACAGAAGAGAUCGAGCGGCUGAGACAGAGUGUGCUGUACACUUACAGUGAACCCACCGGCAUCGUGCUCUUGUUUCUCAAUGUCGUGGUGUUCCUGAUCGGACUUGUCGCCAAUGUUUCGGUCCUACUGGCGAUAUUCCGACGCAGCCCUAUGGACAGGGUGGCCAACGCGUUCAUGGUGAACCUGUGCGUUUGUGACCUUCUGGUCAUCACUCUGUGCGUCCCUGUUAACGCUGGGAUGGAGGUGUACCGCAGCUACGUGUACGGACCGGUCAUGUGCAAGAUUCUGCCCUACGUCCAGGCUGUGUCCGUGUGCACAAGUGUGUUAACUCUAACCGCCGUAAGCUUAGAUCGCUACCUCGUCAUAUGCAGCCCUCUACGCGCCAUGUCGGUUUCGCCGAGCUUGCGGAUAAAAAUUGUAAUUCCUUGUCUCUGGGUAGCGUCCAUGCUCAUCAUGCUACCUCUAGCGAUCUUCAGUGAAGUUACCGAACAAACGUUUGAGUUCGGAAUUCAUGUGGUGUUUUGUAGGGAGAUGUGGCCCGGAGCGGAAUGGAAGAAGGCAUAUGACGUGACGCUAUUUGUGAUACUUUUCGUUCUUCCAUUCUCAAUCAUGGCACUAGCCUACACAAAAAUCGGUAAAACUCUGUGGCAUGGUGCAGCAGCGCUCUAUGGAAGGUCUGCCGACAGCACCGCCAGUAGGAACAACGACGUCAUUGUUACUAAGAUAUUGAUGCACAGAAGACGCGCUGUUAAAGUAUUCACAGCUUUGACAGUCAUCUUUGCGUUCUCCUGGCUACCGUACUUUCUUCUUAUCAUUUGGUUCGACUUCUACGAGGAAACUAGGAGGGAAAGCGCUUUAACCGCAGCCGUCGUACACCCUUUCCUUCUGUGCUUAGGUCUAUCCAACUCAGCCAUGAACGCUGUGUGCUUCCUCAUCCUUGGUAAUAAUAACUGUUGUGCCGGGAAAUAUAGAGAUCAACUUUCACAGUUAUCAGGGACCAGGAAGUCCACAGGAACGCUACCCUCUCAAACAAGGGGGGAGAAACUUGACUUUGACUAUGAAGUCCUGGAGAUGGAAGAAACUCGCGCGGUACGAUGAAACGUCAAUAUUUUAUCGCAGAGAUGUACAAUUCACAGGUAUGUAUAGGCGAACCUAAUAACCAUUUCAUGUCUUUAUCUUAAGGCUUGGUUUAAAAGUAAACUAACCAAGAUGGUAUAUCGUAAGCCAAAUAGGAAAAUAUGACAGUAUGAAAACAUGUGUAUGUCCAUCUGUAGUUUUGUGGGUCAGCCGUUACCGUUACCAGCGCGAACUGCCUAGGCUGACCCGUGUAAUGAGUUGUAUUAUUGUCAAGAAAGAAAGAAAGAAAUGAAUUAAUGAAUAUCGGUAGCUUUAUUUUUCAAUGGACAAUAGAUUUGACGGUCCGGUUGGGGUCACCCUGACGCCUACUGGUGGUGCCAUCUUAUCAUGGUCGCCCGUUGCCGUUGCCGAAAGUGGACUGUCCACUGA